UAUAUAUAUAGUUAACCAAGAUUGGAUUCAUCCAUGAUGCAACAAACAUAGAUCGUAUUUGAAGGUUUUGAAGAUAGUGAUGGCAAAUUUGUUGGUAAUUGUUUUGGUGAUUCAUCAAGUGAUGGCAAGUGGAUACAGAAUGGGAGCAAAUGGCUUAGACAUGAACUAUUACUUGAUGGUGGGUUGCCCUCUUGUUGAGCCUGUCGUUAAGAACAUUGUCAAUAGGGCUUUGCAACAUGAUCCUACUCUUGCUGCUGCUCUUAUUAGAAUGCAUUUCCAUGACUGCUUCAUUCAGGGUUGUGAUGGGUCAAUCCUAAUUGACUCCACAAAGAACAAUACAGCAGAAAAGGACUCACCAGGGAAUCUGAGCCUUAGAGGAUACGAAGUCAUUGAUGAAAUCAAGGAAGAACUUGAAAGACAAUGUCCUGGUGUUGUUUCGUGUGCUGAUAUUCUUGCUAUGGCGGCUAGGGAUGCUGUAUUCUUUGCUGGAGGUCCAAUCUAUGACAUACCAAAAGGGAGAAAGGAUGGAAGAAGGUCGAAAAUAGAGGAUACUAUAAAUCUUCCAUUCCCAACCUUCAAUGCCUCUGAAUUGAUUAAGGCUUUUGGGCAACGUGGUUUUUCUGCUCAAGAAAUGGUCGCUCUUUCGGGGGCUCACACGUUAGGAGUGGCAAGAUGUGCUUCUUUCAAGAAUAGAUUGAACCAAGCUGACCCAACAUUGGACUCACAAUUUGCCAAGACACUCUCUAGGACAUGCAGCUCCGGCGACACGACAGAGCAGCCGUUCGAUGCAACAAGAAACGACUUUGACAACUUGUACUUCAAUGCUCUGGUGAGGAAGAAUGGUGUUCUCACGUCAGAUCAAACCCUCUAUGCUAGCCCUUUAACAAGGAACAUUGUGAAUGCCUAUGCAUUUAACCAAGCCAUGUUCUUCUUUGAUUUCCAACAAGCAAUGGUCAAAAUGAGCCUCAUUGAUGCCAAAGAUGAAUCCAAGGGUGAAGUGCGACAAAAUUGCCGCAGAAUACUUUAAUUAAUUAUUAAUGAUAAUUAUAUACGAAUAAUUGGGUGUGUGUUCUCAUGUUCUGUGUGAUAUAUAUUUUAUGUGUAUGUACUGUGUGUAUGCAUGUUAAAUGUGUUAAGGUUUGGUGUAAGUUGUUUUUGGAAUAAAGGGGUAUAGUAGUUUCUGAUA